UGCAGUACAGCAACUGUGCCGGAGCAGGAGGAGACGAGCAGACACUGAACGAAUUAAAAUCACCCUGGCAGAGUUUCAAAAGCAUGUGCCUCCCACAGUUGAGAGCUGACGCACUGAAGUACAGGGAGCUUAUGUCAGAGCUGAGGAGGACUGGAGAGGAGCAAAUGCCAGGGGUGUCUGAUCAGUCUUUAUUUUGCUCUGUUUUAUUUAUUAGAAGUAUUUCUUUUGAAAAAUGACUCAACGGUUGAGCCACUUUGCAAUCUGCAGCAUUUCUCGGAUUUAACCGUUGGUGCUGCAACAAGAUACUUGCUUUAAGUGCUAGUUUUCCAUUGAUUUCUCAACAGUGAUUUGUCUCUCCCUCUCUGGAGUAUAAAUAUCUACAUUUUUGCCUGCUCAAGGUGACUUCUGCUUUGGCACAGGGAAAGAAAUGCAGUAGCCUCCGCGUGCAUCAGAAGUAGCAGCAUCCUAUGCUGCCCUGUUCUAGAGUGAGAAGUUGCCUGUUUUAGAAAGCCAGCCACUUCCUGAUAGGAGCUCUUCAACAGGGCAGGGAUGUGAGACAGUUUGGAACCUCGAGAUCCAUGGAAUCUGAUCCCAGCGCUUCCAGCGAUACAGGACAGGACUUGGGAGCAGUGCCACAGGAUCUGGUACGGAUCUCCGAGACGGAAAUGGAGAGUUACCACAGCCUGCUGCAGGUCAGCUCGGAGCUGCAAGCCACACUGCAGAGAGCUGCCAUUCCGAUGAGGUUCCAGGAAAUCUCUGAACACAUGGAGAAACGGAUCGCCUACCUCUCAGGUGGUCGAGGAGAGGACUCUGCUGUUGUCAUCACCCUCCCAGAGUGCUCCAGUUUUAAUGAGGUUCCGGAGGAUGCGCUGACAAAAGUGUUGACCUACUUAACCAUGAUUCCACGAAAACGUGAACCCGGAAUUAAAUUCAUUCUUCUCCUGGACCGGAGGAUGGACACCUGGUCGUCAAUUAAAGCUGCUCUGUUCAGGAUAGCGGCCUCCUUCCCAGGGAACCUGCACCUGGUCCUGGUUCUGCGUCCCACCAGCUUCUUCCAGAGAACCGUCACGGACAUCGGCUUCCGCUUCAGCCAGGAGGACUUCAUGCUUAAAAUGCCAGUGGUCAUGCUGAGCUCUGUCACCGAGCUGCUGCGCUACAUCGAUGAGAACCAGCUGACCCCGGAGUUCGGAGGCACCCUGGAGUACUGCCACAGCGACUGGGUCGUCCUGCGCACGGCCAUCGAGAGCUUUGCAGUGACUGUGAAGGAGAUUGCUCAGAUGCUCCAGGCGUUCGGCACGGAGCUGGCUGAGAGGGAGCUGCCCAACGACAUCAACUCCAUUGAGUACCUGCUGAUCGCUAACACAGACAAGUACAAGCAGCUGAAGGAAGACAUGCACUCGGUGAUGAGGGAGGGCAGACACCUGCUGUCGAGUCUGGAGGAGUCUGCGAGUGCCGAGUCUGAGCAGGAAUGGGACGUGAGUCAGGACUGGCACACCGUGCACAGGCUGCUGGCUCAGCUCCACGACAUGGAAACUGCGUUCGACGGGUUCUGGGAGAAGCACCAGCUCAAACUGAAGCAGUACCUCCAGCUCUGGGGGUUUGAGCAACACUUCCACGAGAUGGAGACGGCCCUACAGCAGCUGUCUGCUCAGGAGCGAGAGUUACCCGGAGCGGGAGAGAGUGUCGCUCAGACAGAGCAUCUCAUCCGAGGUCUGGACACACUGGAGGGGAGAGCUCAGGAGGAGAUAGGCCGGGCUCAGACAGUGAUCUUGCAGGGGCACCAGCUGGCUGCCAGCCACCACUAUGCCCUGGCGCUCUUCUGCCAGCGCUGCAAUGAGCUGCGACACCUCUCGGACGUGCUGACCGCCAACCUGCGGGCCAAGAGGGAUUCCCUUGCCAGCUCCAGAGAACUGCUGUCCCUCCUAGAGGAGGCGCUGCGCUGGUGUGAUGAGGGGGCCUACCUCCUGGCCAAUCAGCAGGUGGAUCGGUUCCAGACGAAGGAGGGGGCGCAGGCGGCUCUGCGGGACAUCGAGAGGUUCCAGGAGGGGAGCCCCCCUCCCCUGAGUGCCGGGGCCGAGGCAAUGAGGGAGGAGUUCCAGUCCAUCCUCACCCCCCAGCUCCAGGAUAAGAUAGACACGGCUCACGAGAAGGUGGUGGCAGUGCGUGGAAUGUUCCAGAACCGACAGGCCUGUCUCCGUAAGCUGACGGACAAGCAGGUCCGGCCCGUCCAGCUGGUGGCACCCAGACCCGAGAACCUGCCCCGCUCCAAAUCCCCGCUCUUCUCCCCCAAACACGGUGUGGAUUUCAACUCCAGUCUGAAGUUCUCGUUUGACCUGUCUCUGCCUGGAAAGAGAGCCUCCCGGAAGAGCCCCAACUCCAGGAAGAUCGAAGUGAUGCACGACUACCAGGAGACACGCAGCUCUCUCUCGUUCAGCUCAGAGGGAGAGGACAGUCCUGACCUGCUCAAACGCCACGUGAUGAAGGAGUUGAUUGAGACGGAACGUGUCUAUGUGGAUGAGCUGCUCUCCGUGCUGCUGGGUUACCGGGCUGAAAUGGACAAUCCUGCCCUGUCCCUCCUCUUGCCCCCUGUCCUGCGCAUUAAGAAGGACGUCCUCUUCGGUAACAUGACCGAAAUAUACAACUUUCACAGCAGGGUGUUCCUGCAGGAGCUUGAGGGCUGUCUGGAGACCCCAGAGAGGGUGGGAGUCUGCUUUCUCGAGAGGAAGGAGAACUUCCAGAUGUACGAGCAGUACUGUCAGAACAAGCCUCGCUCCGAGUCUCUGUGGAGACAGUGCUCCGACUGUGCCUUCUUCCAGGAAUGCCAGAGGAAGCUUGAGCACAAGCUGGGUUUGGACUCCUACCUACUGAAGCCAGUCCAGAGGCUCACCAAGUACCAGCUCUUACUGAAGGAGCUGCUAAAGUACAGCACCAACUGCAAGGGCUCUAAGGAGCUGGAGGGGGCGCUCAUGGCCAUGCUGGACCUGCUCAAGUCCGUCAAUGACUCCAUGCACCAGAUUGCCAUCACUGGAUACGAGGGGGAGCUGAGUGACCUGGGCCGGGUGCUGAUGCAGGGCUCCUUCAGUGUGUGGAUCAGUCACAAGAAGGGCCCCACUAAGAUGAAGGAGCUGGCCCGCUUCAAGCCCAUGCAGAGGCACCUGUUCCUGCACGAGCGCGCGCUGCUCUUCUGUAAGAGGAGGGAGGAGCACGGGGAGGGCUACGACAAGACGCCCUCCUACAGCUUCAAACACUGCCUCAAGAUGAGUGCUGUGGGGAUCACUGAAAACGUGAAGGGGGACAUCAAGAAAUUUGAGAUCUGGUACAGCGGCCGGGAGGAGGUGUAUAUGGUGCAGGCUCCCUCCGUGGACGUGAAGCUGGCCUGGCUCAGUGAGAUUCAGAAAGUGCUAACCAAUCAGCAGAAACUUCUACGAGAGAACACCCUCCUUCCCAGUCCAGCCACAGACCACAUGCAGCUCUCCCCACCGCUGUUUGACAGUAAGCUGCAGAGGGCGUCGUUCAGCUCCGAGGAGAACGAGUCGGGGCGGACCAGCCCGGUUAUGCUGGACACGGCUGUCUUCUCACCGCAGCACCAGCAGAACCGCAGGAGCUGGCCCGGAGCCUCUCACUCGGUGGAUAUCUGUGAGGGUCUGGAGGACUGGAGCGGCACCAGUGACCUCUCCAACCCCUCCGACACUGAGGAGGAGGACGGGGCCCCGCUGUCCCCUGGCAGGUACAAGGCUCUAGCGGACUGUAGGAAGUGCAGGCCUGACGACCUGGUAAUAAAGAGUGGAGAUGUGAUCGAGCUCCUUCAGGAGGACAGGGAAGGGCAGUGGCUGGUGAAGAAUCUGAGCCACAAGAAGGAAGGCUGGAUCCCCGUCAGCAGCCUGCAGCUGGUGCUCGGAGAGAGCAGGGCACACUCGGGCAGGCUGGCGGACCCUGGGAAUCUAAAAACAAGAAAACUGAGCCCUCCGUAAGAAAGCAAGAGACGGCAACUCCCUCCGUGCAGUCAAGGUCACAAAGAGUUAAACUGAGGCGGACAAUGUGAGCUCUGUUGGGAUUGGUCCUGUUUUUAACUGGAACUUGUUUGAUUGAUUCUUCCUGAGGAGGGCUUUCAUACGGCACGUGAUUGGUCAGCAGGAAAUAAACAGGCAAUAUCUGGCCAAUCAGCUGCUUCGACCACAGACGGUUAAGUUUCCAUUUGACCAAUCGCAAAGGAGAUACCCUAACCAUUCUGACAUUACAGCUGCGGGGGUUUCCAUACAUGCUGGAAAUGUACUUUCAUGGGCUCACUUUUCUUGCAUUUCAACGUGACCUUCUUUGCACAGAAUAGAGAAUUGAUUUGUGUCCAAUCUGCAAACGUGAUUUCACGGUGAAAGCUCACAAGCAUACCCAGCACAGCUUCUGGACUGUCUUGGUUUAAUCUGAGUGCAGCAUGCAUUCAAAUAGAUGGAAGUGGUGACACCAGCAGAUUCAUGGGAGGAUCGCGUAGGAUCGACAGCAGCUCUGCAUUGGGAGCUCUUAGUUUGAACAGAAAUAAUACCACUGUCUCCAAUGGGGUGAAGGACACUGCUACCCAGACAGAAACAGAAAUGAACAGAAAUAAAAUCGAAACAACACAGCUGGAAUGAAUUGUAUGGCCAGUGGCCCUGUUUGUUGCUGUUGUUUUACCCAUUUAACACAGGCAGCGUACGGGGGGAGCGCCCUCUCCUGGACUGCCUGGUCCAGUGCACUCUGGAGGUCAAGUGGGGUCACUGGGGCUCUGGACAACACAGAGGAUGUCACAGCAGACUGGGACCUUGCAUGACCUCUGGAAUAUUUGGGAAGAGAGUUUUAGUUUGCCUUUGGGUUAUUAAACAGAGGUAAAGAAAAACUGUUUUCACACACACACAGAAAAGGAGGGUGGGUGGAGCUUUUACUUCAAACUUGUACAGUGUUUGAGUUUACAUGCCAAAAAUGUGCUGUGCCAUGAAACCAUUGGGCAUUGUUUUGCUGUUUUAUAAUGAAGCUGAGUGUAAUUUUUUCUUGGCAAUAUUGCAAAGAAUAACAAGCACUGAAUCCAUGCUUACUUCCGCAGACCUCAAUCCUGCAAAGUUCGAAGGCACUUUAAGGAUUAACAAAUAAAGAAGAGCAAAUCCUGCAAGUUAUAGCAAGGAUAAUAAUCAUGCAUGUGUGAUUGUUCUGUAUUUUCCCUGUAGGCUCCUGUGUGUAUGCAUAUGUUUCCAAUACAUUUCAUUGCUCCCUCAUUGCUGUUACCUGCCACCAGGAUGCAAUAUGACGGCAAAGGUAAAAAGUAACACCUUAAAUGGGCAGUGAUUUUUUGUUCAUAGUGAAACUAGGAUGCUAUGAAAUAAGAGUCUUAUUACACUAAUGCAUCGUUUCAGUCUUUCAGUUAAUGUUUGGUUUUCCUUCUCCAGACACUCCUGAAUACAGCAAAAUCAACCCCAUACCUCCUUUUGUAACUUUAAUCACACAAUUCCAGUAUACUUAUCCUGAUAUGUGUAAUUGCAAUGCAACUAAUGCACCUUAAACUCAGGGGUGAACUUGAAUGAUCUGAGCAGCAGCGGAUCUUAGCGGCACCUUAAAACCAGCUUGACGGCUCUGAGUGUGCACUUUUUCUCUGUGUUUUUGUUGUUGUGUUCAGUGAAAUAAGAAGGGCGGCAAUGAAUCCCUCAAAGUGCCAGUGGAAUCAACAGAUAAAGAGCGGUGCCGUCUGGAGCAUUAAAACCAACCUUACAAGGUUAAUACCAUUCAUUUAGCACUGGAGCAAUCCUUGAAAAACAAAAUCAUGCCCAUUGUGAGGGGGCCUGCGUGCUUGUCGAUUAUGCUUCAUCCCUCCCCCCCCCCCCCCCCCCCCCAAAAAAAAUGCAUGGCAACAAACUAAGACUGAGUGAAUCGAUUUAAGGCUAUUUUUGUUAUAUACAUGCAUUUUAAUUCUUGUACAGCUCUGCUACUGUAUAUAAGGAAAGAAUAAAGAGUUUGUAAUAAAUAAAU